AUGAUAAAAACUCUGGGGAUUUUAUUGGCUUUUCCCGUGUUCCUGGGGUCAACCUCUGCGGCUUCUCUAGGUGUCGUGGAAACAGAAGGCGGCCAUGUUUCAGGGAAGAACAUUCAAAUUGGACUUUUUCGCUCCAUGGACGUUUUCAAAGGAAUUCCCUUUGCAGCCAAAGCCAGGACAUUUGAGAAACCCCAACCUCAUCCGGGUUGGCACGGCAUUUUGAAAGCCACCAAAUUUGCCAAGAGGUGUCUCCAGAUGAGCAUGCUCCAGACCUCGUCUUUUGGCAGUGAAGACUGUCUCUACCUCAAUAUCUGGGUUCCUCAUCGCCGAUACGUGUCAGUCAAUCUCCCAGUGAUGAUCUGGUUCUUUGGAGGAGGCUUCCUGGUUGGAGGCUCAAUGGGGCCUAAUUUCCUGGAUAACUAUCUGUACAGCGGACAGGAGAUCGCAGACAAGGGAAAUGUAAUUGUGGUGACAGUCGGCUAUCGUGUAGGGACCUUGGGUUUUCUCAGCACUGGCGACUCUGACCUACCUGGAAACUAUGGAUUGUGGGAUCAGCAUGCUGCCAUUGCCUGGGUGCACAGGAACAUCCGUUCUUUCGGAGGAGACCCCGACAACAUCACCAUCUUUGGGGAGUCUGCUGGUGGAGCCAGUGUCAGCUUCCAGACUCUGACUCCCCACAACAAAGGGUUGUUCAAGAGGGCCAUUGCUCAGAGUGGAGUCGCCGUCUGCCCCUGGGCACUCAACAGGGCCCCCCGUAAAGUAGCAGUCGAGGUUGCCCAGAAGGUUGGCUGCCCAGUGGAUAACACAAUGGCAGCCUGUCUAAAAUUGACUGAUGCGAAGGCUCUCACUAUGGCUGCUCCUCGUGUGACACCAGGAUCUCCAGAUAAACCUGGUGUACUGCUCCUCCUUUUGACUCCUGUAAUUGAUGGAGAUUUCAUUCCUGAUGAGCCUGGCAAAUUGUUUCACAAUGCUGCAGACUUUGACUACCUUGCAGGGGUCAAUAACAUGGAUGGACACGUCUUCACAGCCAAAGACAUUCCUUCCCUGGACGGCAAAGAGGACACUCCAAUAGAGGAUGUAAGGAGACUCCUGCGUGUUUAUACCAAGGAGAAGGGUCAACCAGGACUGGACAUUGCGUUUGCCGAAUACUCCUCCAACUGGGGACCAACUCCCAGCCAGUAUGCCAUCAAGAUCACUGCUGUGGACAUUGGAACGGAUUACAUCUUCCUGGCUGCCAUACAGGCAUCCCUGUACCUCCAUGCUGCCAAUGCCAAGUCUGGUCGUACGUACUCCUACUUGUUCUCCGAACCCAACUUAAUGGCUGGCCCUGGCAGACCCUACCCCCACUGGGUAGGCGCCGACCAUGCUGAUGAUCUGCAGUAUGUGUUUGGCAAGCCCUUCACCACACCCAAGGCUUAUGGGGACAGGCACAGAGACUUGUCUGGAUAUUUAAUCGCCUACUGGACAAACUUCGCCAAGACUGGAGAUCCCAACAAAGGCAAUAUGAAGGUGCCAGUGACCUGGCCUAAGUUCACCAGUACCGGACACCAGUUCCUGGAAAUCAAUUCCAAGAUGGACGAAAACUCUGUCGGGCAGAAAAUGAGGCUGCGUUUUGUGACUCUCUGGACCAGCGUCCUGCCCGGUCUUCCAUCUGUCGUUCACGAUUCUGCCACACCGUCCACCAGUCCUUCUAGUUCACAACCUCAGCCGUAACCUUUUCU